ACCGACCACUAUGGCUCAGUCUGCUUGGCGGACUCCUCUCGUAACUGUUACGGCCGCUGUAUUUCCUGAAUCUAAAAGACUAGGUGGUAGUACGUCACAAGCGUCUCUACUCACAGGCGGUGAGAUUUUGUCUAAUUUGCCUCUUCAAAUGUCUCUCUUUUUCAACGCUUGGUUUUCUCCAUUUUGGAUUGUCACUUGUUUGUACAUGUUGGGAUUCAAGUUUGCGUCUCUGGCUUUUCAUUACAAAGUCAUACUGAUCACUAUCUAUAUUGUCAUGGCAAUUGUGGAGGCUGUCCGUCUCUAUCUGGGAUAUGUAGGAAAUCUACAAGAAAAGGUACCCGAAUUGGCAGGAUUCUGGCUGCUUACACUGGUCAUACAGUUGCCAUUACUCUUGUUCUUACUACUCAACACUGCGACUGUCGUCCUACCUCUCGAGAGAGGAGUCCAUAGUCCGAUGGUACUUUUUCUGUUUCUCGAAAUCUUUCUGGGCUAUUGGGCUAUAAGAAUAAUGAUUCGUGCACAAGCAGCAAAAUUUCAUCUUAUGCAAUUCGAUGAUGUCACAGACAGAGACAGCGAAACUCAUAGCAAGAGAGACUAA